GAUGCCAUUUUCAUUCAACAUACUGAAAGGAUUCUCUACAUUGCACGUGGAUUAUAAAACAUUCACCGGGCAAUUAAGCGUUUUUCAUUUUUCGUUUCACUUUUUUCAGUCUCUUGUAUUUAUAAUUAAAUAUAAUUAUUUCGUUAUUUGGGAAGCACAUUAAAUAUACAUUUUAUUUCGUAUUUCUCAUAGAUUUGACAUCAGGAAUGAGUAUAGAAAUUCCUGAAGGAUUGACGGAGCUGUUGCAGAGCUUUACCGUGGAAGUGUUACGGAAUCAGCCGGGAGAUUUGCUCGAGUUCGCGUUGCAGUAUUUCACCCAACUGAAGGACAGUGAGACUACCGGGGCCGCGUUCGGCAAUGACCAACAUUCGGCUUCGCGACCCAGUGGGAAAGCGGUCAAUUUCAUCGACGAAGCCAUGCAGAUCGAUUCUGAAAAUGGAGAGGAAGAGGAGAGUGACGAAGAGGAAUUCAUUGCUCCAGUGAUGAGUCGGUUCAUUAGAAGAGCAUCGGUUUGUGCCGAGGCGUUCAACCCUGAUGAAGACGAGGAAGACAAAGAACAGAGGGUCACCUAUCCUAAAACAGACGAACAGAGGCAGAGACUACAGGAGGCUUGCAGAGACAUUCUGCUGUUCAAAAACCUGGACCCGGAACAAUUUUCCCAAGUACUGGACGCCAUGUUUGAGAAGUUAAUUGUGGCAGGAGAACACAUCAUAGAUGAAGACGACGAUGGUGACAACUUCUACGUCAUUGAAAGAGGGACCUUUGACAUCUAUAUGAGGGUUGAUGGUGUAGAGAAGACCGUGGGAGCCUAUGAUAACAAGGGGAGCUUUGGGGAGCUGGCCCUGAUGUACAACACCCCCAGGGCUGCUACCAUCAUCUCCACCUCGCCCGGAGCCCUCUGGUGCCUGGAUCGUCUGACAUUCAGGAGGAUCAUAGUGAAGAACAACGCGUUGAAGAGGAGACUGUACGAGGAGUUCAUUGAAUCACUUCCACUGUUAACAUCAUUAGAGCUUUCAGAGAGAAUGAAGGUGGUGGAUGUGUUGUCUUCUAGAGCCUUCUGCGAUGGAGAACAGAUAAUCUCUCAGGGAGAUCGAGCACAUUGUUUUUAUAUAGUUGAAUCUGGUCACGUUAGAAUCACCAUGAAGAGAACCAGGACGAAAAAGGACCAAGAGGAUGUGGAUAUAGCUACCUGCUCCAGGGGACAGUACUUUGGAGAACUGGCCCUCGUCACCAACAAACCCAGAGCUGCUUCAGCUUAUGCUGUGGGAAGUGUCAAGUGUUUAGUUAUGGACGUGCAGGCGUUUGAGAGGUUGCUGGGCCCCUGCAUGGACAUCAUGAAGAGAAACAUUGCUAAUUACGAAGAGCAGCUGGUUACUCUGUUUGAAUGUAGCACCACUGACAUUGAGGAGAUAAACCCAUGAAAGCCAGAAGGGGAAAAAGGCAGUGAGAUGCAUGAUGACGAUGUCAUAAAUUGGUUAGUGGGAAGUGGAAAAAGUCUUGUCACUUUGUGUGUAACUUUUCCAUAUCUACCUUUGUCAAGUAUUGUUUUCUUUCACAAAAUAGGAAACACGGUAUGUUAGAUAGGUACAGGAUCGAUUCCAGAUAACAUACAAUGGUUUUUGAAGGAUCGUUGACUUGGGAGUAAUAUUUUUUAUUAAAGCAAAGAUAUCUGUGUUAUUCCAAAAAAAAUGUUCAUAAGUUCUGUCCUCACAACUUUUCCUUUUUGGAUUUUUUUAAAUUUUAUUUUAUUUUUUACAAAUGUACAUUUUAUUGAAUUUAUCAAAGACAUUUUAAGUCACUUGUUUUGUAUAUUAUUGAUCACUAUUAUGUUAUGUAAAAUAUAAAUGGGCCUUUUCAGAUUCUCUGAUAAUGUCAUAUUUCUUCAAAAAUCUUGUGCCAAAUAGUCAUUACAUCCUGACUCGAUUAUGAGCGUGUAAACAAAUCACGAAUAUCCAUACCUUGCACAUUAGUGUUCAUAAUUUGAUAUUCUCAUGUUGACCUAAUUGUCAGGAACGUGUUGAUUCAUACUGUACAUUGUAGGCUAGGGGAUACCCAGGGGAACUAUGUCCUUCCUGGCUUCAACAACCAUGUUGAACAGUUGUACCAGCAAAUAGUGCCAUAAAAUUAAAGGGAUGAAUUGAACAAUGUGAUUUCCUAUCGUUGCACUCUGGUAUGGCUGACGUGGUGUUUACAGAGUUAAGAAUCUUGUAUUUUUGCCUAAAAUGACAUACCCAAAUCUAACUGCCUGUAGCUCAGGACCUGAAGCAAGGAUAUGCAUAUUAUUGAUACCAUUUGAAAGAAAACACUUUGCAGUUUGUGGAAAUGUGAAAUGAAUGUAGGAGAAUAUAACACAGAUCUGGUAAAAGAGAAUACAAAGACAAAAACAUGUUGUUUUUUUUUGUACCAUCAACUUUGAAAUGCAAGAGAAAGUCCAUAAUGUAUUAUUCCAGCCCAGGCGCAAUUUAGAUUUUGGCCACUAGAUGGCAGCAGUGUAUGUACAACAUUUUAGACUGAUCCAAUGAACCAUUGCAUUUCUGUUCAAAAUGUUGUAUCAAGACUGCCCAAAUGUGCCUAAUUGGCUUAUUAAUACAUUUUCAGGUUCAUAAUUGUGCACUCUCAUCAAACAAUAGCAUGGUAUUAUUUCACUGUAACAGCUACUGUAAAUUGGACAGUGCAGUUAGAUUAACAAGUAUUUAAGCUUUCUGCAUAUAUCAGAUAUGUUUAUGUCCUGGAAAAAUGUUCUUGUUACUUACAACCUCAUGCUAAUCGCAUUAGCCUACGUUAGCUCAACCAUCCCAUGGGGGACCCACCAAUCCUGUAGAGGUUUUAAGAAGUUAUUAAAAAAGAUGGCUGAUAGUUUUGAAAACAGUUGGCUGACCAACUACACACUUUCAAGCUCUUGAUUCCUCAGUACUAUAGCAUUACACAUUCACCACUAUAAUAAUGGUAUUUGACCACUUUAUUGUCUUCAAGUUCUUGAUUCCUCAGUACUGCAGCAUUAGACACUAUCCACUGUAAUAAUUGUAUUUGACCACAUUAUUGUCUUCUUGAGCUAGUUUACACUACAUAGUUUGCAAAAAAGUAUGUGGACAACCCUUCAGAUUAGUGGAUUCGGCUAUUUCAGCCACACUUGUUGCUGACAGGUGUAUAACAUCGAGGACACAGCCAUGCAAUCUCCAUAGACAAACAUUGGCACAAGAAUGACCCGUACUGAAGACCUCAGUGACUUUCAAUGUGGCACCGUCAUAGGAUGCCCCCUAUCCAACAAGUCAUUUUGUCAUAUUUCUGUCCUGCUAGAACUGCCCCCGGUCAACUGUAAGUGCUGUUAUUGUGAAGUGUAAACGUCUAGGAGCAAAAACGGCUCAGCCACGAAGUGGUAGGCCACAGAAGCUCACAGAACGGGACCGCCAUCUGUCCUCGGUUGCAACACUACCGUGUUCCAAAUUGCCUCUGGAAGCAACGAAAGCACAAGAACUGUUCGUUGGGAACUUCAUGAAAUGGGUUUCUAUGGCCGAGCUGCCGUACACAAGCUUAAGAUCACAAUGCGCAAUGCCAAGUGUUGGCUGGAGUGGUGUAAAUCUCACCAUCAUUGGACUCUGGAGUAGUGGAAACACGUCUCUGGAGUGAUGAAUCACGCUUCACCAUCUGGCAAUCUGACAGGCUAAUCUGGGUUUGGCAGAUGCCAGGAGAACGCUACCUGCCCAAAUGCAUAGUGCCAACGUUAAAGUUUGGUGGAGGAGGAAUAAUGGUCUGGGGCUUUUUUUCAUGGUUCGGGAAAGGCCCCUUAGUUUCAGUGAAGGGAAAACUUAACAUUACAGCAUACAAUGACAUUCCAGACGAUUCUGUACUUCCAACUUUGUGGCAACAGGUUGGGGUAGGCCCUUUCCUGUUUCAGCAUGACAAAUACCCCCGUGCACAAAGCGAGGUCCAUACAGAAAUGGUUUGUCAAGAUCGGUGUGGAAGAACUUGACUGGCCUGCACAGAGCCCUGACCUCAACUCCAUCAAACACCUUUGGGAUGAAUUGGAAUGCCGACUGCGAGCCAGGCCUAAUUGUCAAAAACAUCAGUGCCCGACCUCACUAAUGCUCUUGUGGCUGAAUGGAAGCAAGUCCCCGCAGCAAUGUUCCAACAUCUAGUGGAACGCCUUCCCAGAAGAGUGGAGCAAAGGGGGGACCAAGUCCAUAUUAAUGCCCAUGAUUUUGGAAUGAGAUGUUUGACAAGCAGGUGUCCACAUACUUUUUGCCAUGUAGUCUAUUUCCAUGUGUUUCUCAUCUUAAAUGUAAAUGUUUAAGUAUUAAAUUCAACUGUUCUCAUGUGCCAGUAAAACAUAAUAAUAUGAAGCUUUAGCAAUGACGUCAAAGGAUAUUGAUAUUGUGUGUCCCAAAUGUCAUCCUAUUCCCUACUAUUGGCCCUGAUCAAAGGUAGUGCACUAUAUAGGGAAUCGGGUGCCAUUCGGGACACAAUGACGUCAAAGGAUAUUGAUAAUGUGUGUCCCAAAUGUCAUCCUAUUCCCUACUAUGGGCCCUGAUCAAAGGUAGUGCACUAUAUAGGGAAUCGGGUGCCGUUCGGGACACAGACAUUAUUAUAUGUAUUGCUGUCUACCUCUAAAUGAUAAAUAACAAACAACCUGUACCUUUAAGAAGUAGUUCACAAUGGACCCCUGCUCUCUCAAUAGCAACUUCUCUCUCUAUCUCUCUCAAUAGCAACCUCUCUUUUUCUCUCUCAAUAGCAACUUCUCUCUCUCUUGCUCUCUCUCAAUAGCAACCUCUUUCUUAAUAGCACCUCCAGUGGUUGAAUUUUCCAUUGUUUGCUUUCCAUUGUGUUUUUGGUUCCCUUAGUCUGUGAACAAAAUGGCUUAUACAUGAGGUAUUAUACAAUUUGUUUUUUUGGCAGUGCAGUUUUGUGAAUAAGGUUCACAACAGACUGGAACUGUGGAUAUAUCUGAGGAGGAAAUCCAGUAUUAUUGGCUGUUGUUGGUUAUAUCUCACUUUUCAGUACAAUAAAGAACAGUUUUGUAUUAAGAA